AUGGGUUUACGUUACUCUUCAUAUAUAGAUAGUCCUGUGGCUGUGAAAUAUGAGACGUUGAAGGAUAAUCCAGCGUUUAGCUACAGGGAUAAUAGGAUGCUCAAGAAACAAUCAAGCAAAUUUAUAACAUAUGGCUGUCGUCAUUGUAGAACACAUUUAUCAUCAUAUUCGCAAAUUAUGUCUAAAGAUUAUAGAGGGAAGACUGGAAAUGCCUACUUGAUGAAACAUGUCGUUAAUGUCAUCGAAGGUAAACCUGAAAAAAGGUCGAUGAUUACUGGGGAUUAUAUAGUAUGUGAUAUUUUAUGUCAUUGGUGUAAGAACACAGUGGGUUGGAAGUAUCUAGAAAGUGAGAGAAAGGACCAACGUUAUAAAGAAGGAACUUUUGUUUUGGAAUUGCAAACGAUAUGCAAAUGUGAGUAG